AUGGGUGAGGUGCCUGGCUUCGUCCGCUUCGAAGCGAUAGGCGACGGGAGCUUCCGCAGCUCUCUGCUGGGGGUGGCGGUGGCCGGUCUGGCCGAAGGGCGACCCAGAGACCGGACCCGGGCCCAGGCCUUGCCGGUGCCCUGUGCGCAGGUGCCGGUGAAGCAACAGGUCUUCGGAGCCUUGGGGAGGCACCGAGCGGUGAAGCUGCGAGAUGAGACGCCGGAUCCGUGGCGCGCGAGAACGUGGUGCGCGUUUUCGGGACACGAAGCAGGCAUCCACGGGCAGAGGUUCGACACUGCGAAGCACCUGAUGAUGCGACCGGUUGGGAGGGCCAUGCUGGUCUGCCGGACUCGUAAGGGCCCAGCUUUGCGGGGCGUGCUGGCCUGGACACUGCUGCUGCAGGCCGUGCCCGCACUCCGUGCUGCGGGCGUCAUGUCGCCGGGGGCCGCAUCCGAGCGAUGUUGGUCGCCUGGCUGGCCCUUGCCGCUCUCGCCGCUGCCUCCGAGUUUUUUGUCGGCCAAGAUGCGGGGACAAACUGAGACCGAAAGCGAGCGCUUGGACCUGCUGGCGGUCCACGCCUCAACUGAGCAACAAGAGACUGAGGCGGUGCAGUCGGGGGCCACGGCGCUGUUGCUGGGACUGGCGCAGGCUUGCCGCUGGUUGCGUGACUGGAGGUCUCAAGCCUCAAGCGCCGCGCGCGUUUCCGAGCGUCCGGAUGAUGUUUCGAUGCGGCUGGUCCCCGUCCGGCUGCUGUCGGGGGAAGUGGUGGAGGUCAAUGCCGACGAUCGCAGCACCGUCUUGGACAUCAAAAGGCAGCUGGGGCGCGCCUUGGGUUGCCCCAGCUUUCUGAUCAAGCUGCUGCGGGGCGCGCACGUCUUGACCUCCGAGGCGGAGCUUGGCUCGCUGGUGGACCUCGCGGCGGUGGUGCGGUUGCCCUUCCAGAGCUUGGUGCAGGACUACGACCAGGACCUCCUGGAGGCGGUGGCGGAGUCCGACGUGGCGCGUGUGGACGAGAUCCUCGCCAGGGCCCAGCACCCUGACCCGGCCGCUUCCCUCGCGCCGCUGCAGAGGGCCUGCGACCAGGGCUGCGAGGAGGUGGCUGAGCUCUUAGUCCAGGCCAAAGCGGACCUGGAGCGCGUCUCCGGCCACGGCGUCGCAGGAACGACCUGGCGCACGGCGCUGCAGCGCUGCUGUGAGAAGGACCACGUCACCGCGGCGCGCGUGCUGCUGGAGGCCCGGGCGGAUCUGAACCACAGGGGCAGAGUUGGCUGGAGUCCUCUGCAGAUCUGCUGCAACCGGGGCAGCUUGAAGGUGGCGCGACUGCUGCUUCUGGCGGAUGCUUUGGUGGACGACAUCCACGGCGACAGCCCUCUGCAGCUCUGCUCGGCAAAGGGCUACGCGGAGGCGGCGCGUUUGCUGCUUCGGGCGGGGGCCAACUGCAACCAGCGCGUUGGUGGCCACUUAGCGCCGCUGCAACGAGCGGCGGAAGAGGGCCAUUUGGAGGUGAUGAAGUGCUUGCUUCAGGCGAGGGCCGAGGUGGACAUCACCAGCCGCUACGGGCGGACCCCUCUGCAGCUGGCCGCUGAGUCUGGGCACAUGGAGGCGGUGGAGUGUCUGCUGCAGAGUCGGGCGGACGUGGGCCACCGGAGGAGCUUCGGGCGCACGGCUCUGCAGCUGGCCUGUGACAAGGGCCACGUGCCCAUCGUGCAAAGUCUCCUCUCCGCAGGCGCAGACUUCACGGUGGCCGGAUCCUAUGGCCGGACUCCUUGGCAGAUCGCCUGCGACAAGGGCCACUUCCCGGUGGUCCGUGUGCUGCUGCAGGCGGGCGCCGGGCGCGGAGGCGGCGGCGGCGGCGGCACGGCGGCGGAGCAAACGCAGGCGAAGAGAGGCCGGCGGGGCUCCAAACGGGUUGAGACUGCACAGAUGCCUCUUGGGCGACUGGGGGCAACGUGGCUGCCAAUGGUGGUAGGACCUGCAGCUUCGGCGCUGGAGCUGAGUUGGCCUGCACUGUGGAGCGCGCUGGGCUGGCUGCUGGACUUCCAGCGCCGCGGCGCAGAGCUGUCUGCCUCGGUCAACAGAGGCUUGGACAUCUCCUCCGAUGCUUUGAGGAUCCAGUUCCUGCUGGAUACCGCGCGCUCCCUGCUGGCGCUGGCGGCCUGGAGCUUGGCGCAGCCGCUCGCAAGGCUGGUGAGCUGGCUGCUGCCGGGCCGGCUGCGGGUCUUGGCCUUCGAGGCGCCCAUCGACGACCUCGACGGCUUUUUGGACGUGGGCGUUUGCCUUAUGCUGGCAGGUGAGGAUGCCGAGCCCGGGCACGUGGUCUGCAACGUGGGGCAUUUGCCCACGGCGGACGACGGAGACCUCCGGGCGACGGUGCGCAGCUCCUUGAAGAUCAUGGAGGAGCUCGCAGGAGUGCCCGCCUGCCAGGGCGCCGGGUCGCUGUUGCCAGCGCCGGGCUUUGUUGCCAACGUGCUGUGCGUCCUGCCAAAGUCUGGCCCGAGGAGACUGUCGCUUUCUCCCAGCUGGCAGUCCAUAAGGCAGGUGAACUUGUCCGUUUGGACCAGCGACGAGCACGCAACGGCCUGGUACAAGCAGUCCCGGGCGCACGCGAGCAUCUUAGCGCAGCACGCCCAAGGCAAGCUCAGGACCUUCGGCAACCUGCUGCUCACGUUGCGUCCGAAGCGCGCUGCCGCCUACCAGCGACGCUGCACCCGCUGCGCAGCGCCGGUGCCCGGGCGCUUUGGGAGGUGCCGCUGUGGAGGUGCUGCCUAUGAGCUUCCGGCCUUCUGAGCGAUCCGAAAAGGGGGU